GGUGUUGUUGAGUGGAGUGUGUGAGUGUGAGAGAGAGUGUGAGUGAGAAAGAACGUGGUUAGUGAAGCUUAGCAUAUUUAGCUAGCUUGUAAGCGUGAACGCGUGGAGGAGAUGAUAUAAUUCUCGGCUGUUUGUAUUUUUUUAUAGUCAGGUUUGGUUUAAAAAUAGACGGAGAAGGUAAAGAGAUUAGAAACUUUGUUGCUCACAGAUUCCUGACGAGCUAGUAGAAGGUUUGACAGGGAGUUUUGUGAAUUGUGUUGUUGAUGUUAUGCUAGUGGUUUAGAGUUUUGGAAAUCAGAAUGUCCUUAAGCAGCCAGAAGACCAGCAGCCGCGCCAUUCCGGCCACCAGACGGGUGACCAUCACCGACACGGCCCAUCUACCCCAUGACUACUCCAGCACACCUGGAGGGACUCUGUUUAGCACCACUCCCGGAGGAACCCGAAUCAUCUAUGACCGGAAGUUCCUGCUGGACUGCCGCAGCUCCCCGUUGGCCCACACGCCCCCCAGUUGCCUACCUGAUAUCCCUGGCGUGACCAGCCCUUCUACAAACACUGUCAAAAACAACAAAACCAAACCUCAAGAGUGCGUCGGCAGCAAAAGCAUCCCUCCUGUGGACAAGGCCACGGGUGAAGACGCCCAGUUUGAAAUGGAUAUCUAGUAAAGUCUGAUGUCAACAUUAGUGAUGACGGUCCUUAUAAGAAUGAAUGAAAACAAAAGCUCUCUCCUGUCAUCUACCUUCUUUCAUUAUCUACUGUUUUUUUUUCUACCCCUUAUAUUUGUAUCAAUGCUGUCAUUCCAGACACGCACAAGACAUUUGCCAUCGAGUCUCAACACCAGCACACACUGCUGUGUUUAAGUUUACUGCCAGUGCUCCUGCAUAAGCUUCUGCUCAAGAUGUGUUUUUCGUCACUUUCUGCUGCCACUUGUGUAGAUUGCUAACAUGACCACUGGGAGGAGCAGUGGUUCCUUUUGAAAGAUUUUUUUAUACCUGGUGCUGAAGUGUGAAAGUGUUGUAGGAUAACAAAGAAAACAGUUUCCCCCCACUUCUUUUGCCCUGUUAGUGUUACCUUUUUUAUAAUGGAGAUGUUUUUUUUUCCCCCAUCUAAAGUGUUUUUCAACAAAAUGCAAGAUGUGUUCCCCCACCCCUUUUUUGGUUAAUUUUUGUUUUGCUGUUUUGUCAAUUAUACAAUAUCUAAGGAAUAAAUCCUCUCCUAUGAUUUAUACAAUCAUGAAAA